GGAGUGCAUUGCAUCAGUGAGCAUCCAUAUUAUUUCCCUUCACAACAUGGACGCAGGUUUAAAACGAAAACACUUUGACACAAGCGAUCCCGAAGAUGCGACUAAUCGCAAGGUGGUGUGUCAUUUGAUUUCUUGUCUCUCAUAGUAUUUAGUUGUUAUUUAGUUUUUAGGCAUUCGUACGAGACGUGCCUGCGAUUAAUUGAAAAUGUACCGCACUAUAUACAGCUUACGUGUCUUUCGAUUGUUUUGUUCCGCUCUUUUACAUGAUUGCUUUGAACAAUUUUUGCGUAGAAACACCAGGCUGAAACUGAUGGAAAGAAACAUACUUCAAUCGUGUUUUCAUUGAAAGAGGAGGUUGGUUCUCUGGCCAGGGCGCUUAAACUGUUUGAGGUAAAUAAUAAUUAUGUCAAUUACAUGCAUCGAUGUAAAGAACUCUCUAGCUACGCAGCUUGAGCGUACAUACAUCUUAACAUUCUUUUACUCUAUUGACUAACUAAACUUUCGCAUUGAUUACAAAAACUUUUUCAGCGGAAAAGUAAAAUUUUUAUUCUACAUAAUCGACGAGAUCUAAAUUAUAUGGGUUUUUUAUAUUUAUUAGCCUUGCAAAUUCAAUAUGCUCUUUACAAUUGGACAGUACAAAAUGCUGACUGCAGACCAUUCAUUAAUUGUUUUCAGGGUUAGAAAGCAAUGGGACUAUUUGUGUCACAUUCUCAUUGGCAUGGUGAAAACAAUGGUCUGCAGCAGUCUGCAUUUUGUACUGACCAUCUUUAGAAAUCUAGUUAUUAUUAUUACGGAAAAAUUCCGAAAAUAAGCCCCUCCAUGUAUAAGCCCCUCCAAAUAUAAGCCCCCCAAACUGGUAACGCAAAAAACCCUCCGUUAAAUCGCCCGUCCAAAUAUAAGUCUCCCACGGGCUUGUACUUGGAAAUUGCCCUUAAAUACAAAGUAAAACAAAGCAAAAACGGUAAAUUUCCUUCCAACUGUAAUGCUAGCCCAAUCAAUUUUGAAACGCUAAUUUACCUCCAUGGAUAAGCCCCUCCGAAUAUAAGCCACUCCAAAAAUAAGCCCCUCAAAAAGGGACAUUGAAAAAUACAAGCCCUGGGGCUUGUUUUCGGAAUUUUACAGUAGCCUACAAUAAGCACAAGCUGCGCUACAGUUACUCAUGUGAAGGGGCCUCGUGUGAGAGGUAUCCUAAAUGCUAUUAAUUUUUAUGUAUCACAGGCUCACAAGGUUAACAUGUCCCACAUUGAAUCCCGUCCUUCUAAACGCUCCAAGACAGAAUAUGAUUUCUUUGUGGACUGUGAAGAAAUUCAAGGACCCAGGCUAACAAAUUUUGUGGAUGCCUUAAAAGAUCAAGCCUUGACAAUCACUGUGCAUUCAGAAGAAGGGGGAGGUGAGCGUUAUAUUUGCCAUAUUUAUUCCCCCUGAGCCUUAAAUAAACUCCUUGACCAAAUUAUACAUAAUGUUAUCUCUGACUGUACCGAAAAGCCCCCACCCCCUAUGCUGAUUCUGAGUCAAACUGACAAGAUUAUUUUUUAAACUGCUAGUCAAGAUUUCAUUCCUGAAUAUUGGUAAGUCAAGCUCCCUACCCUUCUAAACUACAUCCCUUUUCCAGAGGCCAAAAGAAAUUGGGCCAACAAUCAUACAAAAAACUGCAGGUAUCAAUUGUUUCAUUGGUAAACUAUCUUGCAUUCAUAUAACAUGCCUCUGUGUUGUUGAGUUCAAAGAAAAAUACCCUAUAGCUAUUCAAUACUACCAUUCUCCUAGUCAAUCCUUUAGAAACAAUAUGCAUAAUAUGUAAUUGUAUAUUCAAUUAGCUGAAGCACUGAUCAGAAAUUUUUGUUCCAUUCUGUAAAGUUUUCAUUUGUUAUUUUUCCUCUCCACUUUAACUUUGAGAUUUGUAGAGUUUUUUGUUUUGGCUGUAGUAUCAGCACAACACUUGCACUGCAGGCAUGUGAGUGUAAUUGUACUAGAUCAGUUGUGUGACUGCUUUGUUAUCUUGUGUGAAUUUGUUGUGAAAUCACAUUUUAGGACAGAUUUGUAUAGCAUUUGCAACUUCAUUUCACAGCACCAUGGCCCAAGCUUUUCUGGUGUUGUAGCACCCACACACUCAUUUACUUUGAUAUUUUUGAUAGUUGGUCCUUUUUAAUGUGAUCAGUAAAAAUUUAGCUUUAAUGAAUGAAUGAAUGAAUGAAUGAAUGAAUGAAUGAACAUUAUGAACUUAAUUUAUUAACAAAAAUUGUUGCAUCUUCUAGCUGGCUUCAACAGGUAGCCUGCUAAUUAGGGAAACGUGAUAAUUUAAAUUGAAUUUAGUAUAAGAAUACGUUCAGUAAUAUUUACAUUAAAAAAAUAGUUAGCAAUAAAAUAUUCUUUGAUAGCUAUGCCUUAAGUAGAAAGUUCGAUUUAAAUCAAAGAUUCUGUUGAAGGUUAUUAUAUAAAUAAAAAUAAAUGUGCUUAAAUAUGCAUGUAAACGUACAUUAAUAGUAUUAAUAAAAUAUUAAUGAUGAUUUUGAUGAAUAUUAUUUACUGUAGUUUAAACCUAGAAGUAGUGAUCGAUUUAAGUCAAGUGUAAAUUAAGACCUCAAGUAUUGCACAGUUUGCAAUUUGCACAUUUGUGGGCUAAGUGUGACUUUCUUUAUAUUAUUUUUAUGGUAGGCACUUAUAUGCAUAUUAUGUUGCAAAUAAACUUGAAACUUUAAAAGCCAUUUACCCCUGAACUGCACAUAUGGCCUGUACCAAUCCACAUCCCUCUACCACUUGUGUAUGUCAUUAGUAACUAAGUGACUUAAUAGUCACCGACAACUCUGACAUCUAACUUGUGCAGGGGGAGAGCUCUUUCAAAUCAUACUGGAAUGCACAUGAUUCAGUCAAUCAGGUCAGAACAAAGCCCAAAAAACCAUAUGAUAAAAGAGAUCGGAAAACUCCAAUGAAAAUCUUGUUCCACUUCCCACCUGCACUUCACAUCCAGAAAAUGGCUCAACUUAGUUUUAAAAGGCGUCUUUUGGAAAAACAAUAUGUCAAACAAAAAAUAAUGAAGACACAUUGCAUACAGGUUUAUAUUAAAAAAAAAUAUAUUAAUGCUGUUCAUCCUUAACUAGUAAAAAUGACACACCGGCAAUCAAUGUAUGGAUAAAUAAAAUGUUAAGUUAUGAAAUGUAUAGAAACUAACUAAUAUAUUUUAUUAAAAAGGGGCUUAAUUUGUCAUCCUCUGUAUUUUUAAAUUUAAUAUCAAAUAAUUCAGAACCAUAAAAGUACAUUGACCAUGUGUGACAGUCUGGUAUACGUAGUGAUAUGCUGCGUUUAAUGUACCAUAAAUCCUCUAUUAAGCCCCCCAAGGGCUUAUCUAUUUCAUGCCCUUAUGGGGGGGGGGGGCCCCUCAAUCCAUGUAGAGGGCUUAUUCAUGGCGGGGAGGUGCAUGUAAGGCGGUAAAAAGUAGCGUACAUGCACUACUGAAAAAUAAAUUAAUUCAUACUCCUUGCGGUCCACAUGACAUUUGUAGGAGUGGGCUUAAAUGUUGUAAUUGAUUUAUUAUAUAUUCCAUUCCUCCUUGUAUUAGUCCCCCCAUUGUUUUUUUUUUUUUUGUCCGUUGGGGGGGGGGGGGGGGGCACUUAAUCGAGGUGGGGAGCUUAUUUAAGAGGGGGGAGCUUAUUUAAUGUAGAAAAGACAAUGGUAUCACUACUCCAUAAAGAACUACAAUACAAAGUGGAAAAGCUCAAGUACGAGAAGGUUGGAGGUCAUGCAGCCAGGGAUCAGAAAUCAAAUCUGAAAUUCCAGUUGGUAAAUAAACCAUCCUGGAUCAGUCUACACAAAGUUUUACAUUUAUUAGUGAAGACUAAUUAGUGGAGAGGAGUGGGGGGGAGUUGAUAGAGAGGGGGCUUAUUAUCUUUCAUUCUCUGAAAUAGGGGGGCUUAUUAGAGGGAUGGGGCUUAUUUGAGAGGGGAGCUUAUAGAGGAAUUACAGUAUGUUAAUUUCCUGGCACAAGUCACUUGCACAAGUCAUAUGCACCUGCACCAGAUAAUUUUAUUUUGCCAUCUAACUGGUUUACUAAUAACCAUAUCUGUUGAUUUUUCUGGUGUGCAACUGAUUUGUUGUCAUGGUUACUGUGCAUACAUUACAACUCAUCAGAGUCCUCUGAUGGUAAGUUAAUUGAUUUACGUGUUAUUUAUUAGUUUAAAGUUUUUAGAUAAAGUAUAAUAUUGGCAACAAAAAAUAAAUAAGAUAAAAAAGUAAUAGGAAAGUUAUUCACAGGCAAAUGUAGUGCUGAAAUUAUGGGCUUUAAUUUGUUGUUAGAACUAUUGACUGGUGUCUCAUCAGAUAUAUUCUGAAAUGGUUAUUCUUUCAACUGACAGUGGGGUCGAACCAUUUACAAUAAAAAUAAGAUUCAGGGAUGACAAAUACAGCUGUAAAAAGGAAUGAGAGUAGUAUUUAGGUAGGGUGGCUGAGCGGUCAGAGUUUAAAACAAAGUUUAUUAUUAUUGUUAUUAUUAUUAUUAUUAUUCUUACACCGUAUAGGUGGCCUUAUUCCCUAAAGCAUCAAGCUGUCUCCUGUAGCCUUAGGUGUCUAGGGUCCUUCUUAGGAUCUUAAUUAGCUGUUCCCAACAAACAAGCUUCCUGGAGCAGUACAAUGAUCCCAGGUGUUCCCAGCUUGCUGAUCCACAUCCUUUGGUUUUUACUCACAGUCCCAAGAGCUUUGAUUACAAUAGGGAUGACAGAUACACUUCUGCAGUUCCAGAUUUUUUGCACUUCUACCUUUAAUUAUUAUUAUCAUUAUUAUUAUUAUUAUUAUUAUGACUAUUAUUAUUAUCAUUAUCAUUAUUAUUACAGCAUUUGAAAGACCUAUAAAAUCAGGAGUUUCAAUAACCAGUUUAAGGUGUGUCUAGUGCUGCCUAUAUAUAUAGGGCUAUAUAUAGUUGCAGUGCUGCUGAAGUAAGGAUGUCUCAGUAAGAUGUUAGGGAAAAGGCUCCAGCGGUCCUUUUCACCGCCACCCAAUACGCCAACAUCUUCAGCUACAUAUGGAAAAAGUUAUCAAAACCCCUGCUAACCUAGCAUACAUAAUGUACAUUAGGAGGCUUAACUUACAUGUAGGUAUCCCCUGAGAGCAGCAUCCCCUUUUCCCCCGUAUCCGGCAGGCAGGAGGAAAAGAGGGAAAAAAAACCUUUGCUUGUGGGGAAAUUAACUUUAUUUAACCCUUUAAGCCCCAAGAUCCACAUACAAAUUCUCCAGUCUAAUUUCUCCAGUGACAAUUUUCCUUGAAUGUAUGUCUUCAUUGUAUACCGUUGUUAUAAUCUUGAGCUGGGUGCAUCAAAUAAUAUAUUAAAACUUCACAUAAUGUAAAUCAGUGAGGUUAACUUUGAAGAAUUUUUGAUUAAAGACAUUCAGAUGAAUCUAGAUAUGCUUGAUCAUGACUUUUUCAAUACCGAUGUGACACAUGUAAUUCUACUUCAGUUGCAAUGUUGGAGCUUAUGAUGUCAACAUAGAGUCUGUUCUUUCCUUUUUUAGUACCUUGGUUUCCUCGCAAGAUUGCUGAUUUGGAUAAAUUUGCCAACAGGGUGCUGAGCUAUGGAGCAGAGCUUGACUCAGAUCAUCCAGUAAACUAUAACAUUGGUCUUUCAUUCUUUAGCUUAUUAUAAAGUAAUUAAUAGUGCCACUCAAAAUUAAUCAAAAGCCAUGUUUUUUCCAUCCACUGAGAGACGUCAUCUGUAAAUAAUAUUGUUGAAAAGUUUUCACACACACCUUUCAAUAUACAUAGUUCUAAUUCAUUUUUGAAAAGAUCUUAAUUCUCAGAGAACUGAUGUUAAAAAAAAUGUUCUUAUCGACAUAUUUUGUUGUGUAUUGGUACUAAAUGUGUACAGUUAUGAUAUAUUUUUUCUUUUUUUUUUUGGUUUUUUCAUAAUCCAAAUUAAUUAAUUAAUGAAUAACUUAACAUUAUAUUUUUUUUAUUAAUAUGCUAUUUUUUGUGGUGACUUAUUGAGAGCUUUCUUGUAUAGGGAUUCACAGAUCAAGUCUACCGGGCUCGCAGAAAGGAGUUUGCAGAUAUUGCCUUCAAUUAUAAACAGUAUGUACCAUAACUGUACACCUUACUUUGGUAGAAGAAUAUUUGUAACAAGCAUGAAAAGUGUAUACAAAUACUUCACUAUUUCACUUGUUGAAAAAGAUAAAAAUCUUUUCUUUUGUUUGUUUGCAGUGGUGAGCCAAUUCCAGAAGUGACGUACACAGAAGCUGAGAUCAAGACUUGGUAAGGACAACACUGUACUAAAGAAACACUUUUCAGUAUACUUAACCCUUUGAAUGCAAAUAACAAAAUUUAAAUCUUCAUUUUUUGUCUCCAUACAUUUGCCAUAAAACCAAAACAGAGAAUUUUUUAAUUAAAGUGCAUCAUUAGAAUUUAUCUUGUAUAAUCAGGCCCGUCCUUAAAUUCUCAUUACCACUCUGUCUUUUAAGUGGUACAAGAAGAAAUGUGAUGCCAAUCACUGUAAAGGCUUAAAAAGUUAAUCAGGUUGAAUUUAAUUACUGGGCACAGACCUACUCAGUGGGGAUAGGUACAAAUAGGACUGAUGAUUCCCAGUCCAUAUACCCUCCCUACCCACUGAAGUGGAUCCAGUCCUUGAGGCCAUUCGUUGGUCAUCCAGACCAUGAGUUGAAAUGGGGACCAGUANCUGUCUUUUAAGUGGUACAAGAAGAAAUGUGAUGCCAAUCACUGUAAAGGCUUAAAAAGUUAAUCAGGUUGAAUUUAAUUACUGGGCACAGACCUACUCAGUGGGGAUAGGUACAAAUAGGACUGAUGAUUUCCAGUCCAUGUACCCUCCCUACCCACCGAAGUGGAUCCAGUCCUUGAGGCCAUUCGUUUGCCUGGUCAUCCAGACCAUGAGUCGAAAUGGGGACCAGUUGCUCUAUAGUCUUCAACACCCUCAGAGAGCUUGUUCACAGGCUGGAGAUACUGUAUUUCCUCAAAUAAUACCCGGGGGUGAUUAUUUUAGGGAAGGCGACCAUUUGAGGGAGACGAUUAUUUCAAACAUUGCUAACUGAAAGUCCUGCCCUAAAAGUUUUCUUUUAUUAUCCAUUGAUCAGUGAAUGAUCACAUCAAUUACACUGAUAUCAUGGGCUUUUUGAGCAUUUCAAAUUUGGUUCCUUGAUUAAUUUUCAAUGGGUCAAUAUCCUCUGCAACAGAGCUUGAAUCACCACUGAUCAGUUUUGCUGGAUCAGACUCCACUUCAACUUGACAAGGAGAGGAGAAGAAGGCAAGAGGGAUGGGGCGGGAUUAUUUGUAGGAGGCAAUAAUUUUAAAUAUUUCCUUCUGAGGGGUGCGAUUAUUUGAGGGAGGUGAUUAAUUGAGGGAUGGCUAUUAUUUGAGGAAUUACGGUAACCUUGAGUAUCAGGUGUUUGUGGGGAAAAGGAGAAGAGAGAGUGAAAUGGGGAGGCCUUCCUUCUGUCUUUCCACCUCCCCCUCUAAAAUCUCGUGUGAUGGUCUCUCCUUAUCCCAAUGGAAGGCUUGAUACUCAGGCUAUAGUUAGCUAGAAAUCAAACCUGAGCCUACUGCUCCAAGAUCUGGUACUCAACCAGCUGCAUGAACCACAUACCUGUUAUUGUUGUUAACACAUUUUUUGUACUUCGGUGAGUUAUUAAAUGAAGCAUUAAGUUACCUUUAAUAUCACCAAAAGGAAACUUGCUAUGAAUCUUGUUCCUUCUCAAAACGUGUACAGAUGGUUGCAAACUUGUUUUGGCUGGAACUGUGGGACUAAAAAUCUGACCUUACUGUAAUACUUUGCUCUCUUGGAGAUGCAUAACAGUGGUUAAGCUGACAUUGGUCAUCAGCAAAUGGUUAUGGUAAAUUAUGCGUGUGCUUUUAGCCAAUCAGAAUCGAGGAAAUAUAAUUGAAUGAAUAAUAACAGUGGUUAAGCUGACUUAUUGUAGCUACAAUGUCAUCGUGUUGCAUUUUAAUCCUUGAGCAAAAAAAAACAUUGCUGAUUAUUGGCCUUACCAUCCUACAGGAAUGUAGUAUUUUCUGAGUUGACCAAGUUGUACCCUACGCAUGCCUGCCGUGAACAUAAUUAUGUUUGGCCACUGUUAGCCCAGAACUGUGGCUAUAGGUGAGUAUUUGUAGCCUGAGAUAGUAUCAGGCGUUUCUGGGGGAAUAAGGAGAAGAGAGAAACAGAAAGGGCAGACAGCGACAGUGAGUUUUCUCUCUUUUAUGAUUUAAUUGUUUCAUGUAAACAAAUUACUCUUCCACAUCGAUUUAGCCUCUCCACAGUUCUUCUUUUCUUUUUCCCGACGAAUUUUGCGAGCGCUCGAGAAAAAUAAAUGAAAAAAUGUGCGGUUUCAGCGACAUUGCAUUGCGUGGUACCAGUUUGACAGGCUCGCGCGAUCGUUUGUCGUUUGACUUGUGAAAGUCACUUUGUCUUUGUUUGCGACGUUUCGACCACGUACUGCGUCGAACUGCUGGUCCACAUCAGGUGACGAUGUCGGUUUAAUAGGCAAGAUGCUGGCGUCUGUUAGUUUUAAAUUGCUUUUACAGCGCGGCGCGCGUCCCUGCAAUAAGUCUCUUCGUUCGCCCCUAAAAAAAAUCGGCGCGUGCGCUGUUACUUGCUUUGAGUGUGGCUGGAAAAGCACCAAUCUCAAGCAACCACGGUGAUACUACAAGCCCUGCACAUAGCCUAAUAAGCCUUAUAAAAGGACAAGUAGUACUCGAUCAAACCGUCGCAAUCAGUAACAAAGUGACCCAAAACUCUUGUGAAAAUCUCACAACAAUGAUAAGAGGAGGCGCCUGUCAACAAAUGUUGUCGGAGUGUUGGGGCGGGACUGCACGUUUUACAGGGGCUCUAACCACUAAAUUGGCUCUUUCAGGCUGGAUAACAUUCCGCAGCAAGAAGGUGUGUCAAGGUUUUUAAAAGGUAAAGAGCAGUAUCCAUUUCAUAGCCUGGUUGGACCUCAAAGUUCCAAAAUCCAGUCGCAACUUGUAUUGAUUAUUGGUCUUUUGUUUUUCUUCACUUUUUUUCACAGAGUGCACAGGGUUCUCCUUGCGUCCAGUAGCUGGUUUGCUGUCAUCACGUGACUUCCUGGCAGGCCUUGCGUUCCGAGUGUUCCACGCGACUCAAUACAUUCGCCACGGUAGCACUCCUAUGUACACCCCUGAACCAGACAUUGUUCACGAGCUCAUCGGACACGUUCCCUUGUUUGCAGAUCCUGACUUUGCGCAGUUCAGUCAGGUGAGUCAGGAGCCCAUCAACCAUUAAGGAGAGAAAGUACACUGAAAACGACAGUUUUCGUCUUAAACUUCCCACAGAGUUUCUUUAAGUGCCCUUCCAGGAGUAAUGUUAAGUGAAGAUCGCCACCAAACUCGCAAGUAAUAAUCCUGUCACGUUUGUCGUGGACAGACAUUUUGCAUUCAUAUCUUCCGUUCUGUUGCCUAAGUUCAUCCUCUCCUAGCACGAGAUAUACCGACUGUUGGCUUCUUGCAAUCCACAUACAUUUAUUUUCUAAUGAACACUCUUUUCUAAUAUUAGUCAGCGGAUGUCUGAGCAGGUGAACAUUCUAAUUCACUGUAGCCUGUCUACCAAUUCCUCUAAUUCGCUAUCUGUGACGGAAUGCCAUGGUAUGGUAACCCAAUGUUUUGUUAGCAUCCCGCUCUAGGGAAAGCACUACUCGUAACUGUUUCAUGCCACAGGAAAACCAAGCAAAGCCUCUCUGUUUGGGAUCGCUGUGGCUUACAAGGCUGACAAUCUCAACUUUAAACUGCCAGUUUUUAUCCCUAGGUAAUGCACCUGCCUAAGUUUUAUUUCUUGGAUGGCAAUUAAAAACAUUUUGGGAGAGCCCUUUACUAAAUACCAUUUUUGUGUCGCUUUUGCCUAGAUUUGUUUUUCGCAAUUUCUAUUAGUAGAAUAUAUAAGGGUGGUUCUGAAAACGAGAUUUAAUGUUAAAGUGGAAGAUUGUCGGUAAGAGUUCAGGGAUGAUAUGUAAUAACAUAGUUUCUCUGUGGAAAGAAACGUCUUGAAAUAUUUCAUUUUUUAUGAGUGGUUCUUUUAUUUUUUCUUGAUUUGUUGAACAGGAAAUUGGUCUGGCAUCAUUAGGAGCCCCAGACGAGUGGAUUGAUAAAUUGGCUACGGUGAGGAUUGUUUGCUCCCAGCUGUGUAAACGUAACGUAAAUACUAAUGCGAACAGACGUUGAAAUCUUGGAGAGGAAAUGACAUGGAACUUGUGGGAUUUUAGGUUGUUCUACUUGCAGAAGAGUCAGGAAAAUUUGUUACUUUCUCUUUAAUAAAUUCUUGAAUUUCAUUGGAAGCGCUCGGCAAAAACAGAGGAAUAAACCAACCAGAACUGGAACCAAAAUAUUACAACCGAUGUCGAUCACCGUAACGUGCACCUAAUCCCGCUCACUCGGAACUCCUUCAAUGCGAAACCCGCCGACCUGGGGCCCAUUUCUGGAAAGCCCCGAAAAUUAACGGGUCCGUAAAGCUGUUGUUGUUUACUUGCAAGAUAGAGGUUUCAGUAGUUUUGCAUCUAACAUGGUAAAACUAUCAGUUAUUGAGAUAAAAUGGAGUACAUUGCUAGCAAGGACCCGCGUUCUCAUACCUGUAACAUAAACAGCCCCCGAGUCCCCUGAGCUGUUCAACCACUCAGUCCCCAGAGAACGCCAAAGUUAUGGAUUAUAAUAAAAUGUUACUUAGCUUGUUAUUGUUGUUGUUGUUGUUUAUUGUUCUUUGUUUUACUCGUCGUCUGUAGUUGUACUGGUUCACCGUUGAAUUUGGGUUAUGCAAACAAGACGGGAAUAUCAAAGCUUAUGGUGCUGGACUCUUGUCAAGCUUUGGUGAACUGCAAGUAAGUAGACAAACGUUUCUUUUGUAAAUCAGAUUGGCUAACCUUCCCGCCUUCUUUCCCCACUUUCUUCUUCUGCUAUGUGCCAACUUCAUAAAUCACCCUUUUAACUCUCCCUAAUCUUUCUCUGCUUUCAAAAUCAAAGAUGGCGUUUGGAAAGAACUGAGCCUUCGCUAGGCCAAAACUUGAUGGAGGCAUAUUUAUGACACAUAGAUAGAUAAAUACGAUUCAGUUCACUGCAUACUAGAUUUCUUUCACAGUGACAGUUUGGAAGGCUUUGCCUUGUUUAAUUCAUGGAAUUAAAUUAGGGGCUUCUAAUGUCACCGCACUUGAAUAUACUGCAAACGACGUCAACGACAAACGAAUGGGGGUUAAUUCCUUUCUCACCAUACUACUCAAAAUGAUAUUUCAUUGUAUCAUUAAAUGCCUAUCCUAUGAUGUAUUAUAGUACUGUUUGACAGAGGAACCAGAGAAGAGGCCAUUUGAACCAGAGAAGACCUCAGUUCAAAGUUAUCCCAUAACCAAAUACCAACCCGUGUAUUUUGUGGCUAACAGUUUCCAGAGUGCCAAGGAAAAAGUCAGGUAAGCAUUGAAACGUUGUGAAUUCACUGUAAACAGCAGGGCUAUGUUCAAGCAGUGGCCAUUAGCCUCUUGCGAAUUUUCUUGGGGCGAAGAGACAUCAAAAUGCUGGGUAGCAUGGGCACUUACUAUUUACAUGGGAAAACCGGAAAUUCCGGUUGCACAAUCAAAUGGUUCGCGCCGUUCCGUUUUGAAGGUUCAGAAAAUAUGGACUGUGAUUUGAGGCGAUGUAAUUUUUCAAUUGUUAAGUCUGUUCAGCUGACUUGGAUAUGCUUUGUGGCGGGUCGUUCUCCCACCACGUCAAAUUUUCUAGUUUUAUAUUUAUCCCCAGGAUUUCCCGCCGGGUGGUUUUUGUAAAGGAUAAGCACCCCUGGAUUUCACACGUUAGGAGCUUCUUUGCUCCCUAUAAGUUCUCCUAGAGUAUAACCUCUAACAGUGGUGUUUCUGGUCCCUCCUUGCUGAGGAGGCUGCGUAAUCGAGCGGUUAGAAAGUUGGAACUUGCAAGCCGGAGUUCCGUCCCGACCGCUAGCUGGAUUCUUCUUUCACGGUGGUCAGUUCGGGUUCAAAUUCUCGACCACGCUUGUCAAUAGCCAACCGGUUUGCGUCUGGCCAGUUUGUUAUGUUUGAUUAAGAUUAUUUGUUUCACUCACUGAUUUGCUUGGCCCCACUAGUCAGUUAAGCUAUGUGCAAUAAACACCGCCGGGGGUUACGUUUUUGUUAUCAUCAUCAUCGGCAGCAGCAGCAUCAUCACCAUCAUCACCACCACCACCACCACCACCACCACCACCACCAUUAUUGUUUUUAUUGUUGUUGUUGAUGUUGUCUUCCUUUCGAAAUAUUCGCUUCUAGGGAAUUUGCUGCCAAGAUUCCCAGGCCGUUUUCGGUCCGCUACAACCCCUACACACAGUCCGUGGAGGUUCUGGACUCUAAGGACCAGAUCAUGAAAUUGGCCAGUGAUAUCAGAAGUGAUAUCUCCACCCUGCAUGACGCACUUGGCAAAUAUGAGUAGAGACAGUAAAUACGGCAUGGUGAAGUACCUAUCGAGAAGAUACACGGACGUAUAUUUUUAUUUAGUAACAACGUAGAUCUAGUCGCAAUGAGGGGCAUUUAUUAAUGGGUAUUUCUUAUAUUCUCGACUUGAGUUGUUCUCUGGCGAGUGUUAUAAUGUUCCACAUAGGAAAAACUUGUUCUAACUAAAAGAUAUUUUUUUACCAGCCUACUGUCUAUCUUGGAGAACGGUUAAGAAAAGCUCUUCAAUAACAUCAGCAGUAAACACGUAUGACCUAUAUUAAUACCUUUGUCCAGGCUAGCGUACGAAAAAAAUUCAUUGUACAUGAUAGGUACAUACGGUACGCAUAGCCAAGGUGUCCACAUCUUGCAAUGAUAGUAAUUUAAUCCAUUUCGUCUGUUGGUGUCGUAUAUGAUGUCCACAUACUUCAGUAAUGGAAAUCUUAUCUAUUUCGUGUCGUUAUUGACAGCGACUGCAGGACAGUAACUAGUAAAACCAUUAACGCCGCGUAGCAUUUUCGUUAAUUAAAAUGGUUCCAAAAGUUGUCUUUCAAAGUAGCAACUUUAAGACAAACGCACGUUUUGGAGCAUUUACUGCCUAGUGACCAGUUUUGUGUGAUGCAAAAUUUUUGUUCAAAGUAACGUAUUUAAAAGUCUGAGAUGUAAAUGGGUUAUUUAGUUGAGUAGAGCCAUUCAUGUGGUAUAUGUUGUGGUAAAGUUACAACGUAGAAUUAUUUGACUAGGCAAGAGAAACUAUUUAACACCACUUUGUAGUUUGUGAGUUUUCGUAAUAAAGUAGAUUUAUUACAAAUGUCUUGUCUUCCUCUAAUUUUUCCCUAAACCCAGUUUAUUUAUUUCAAACACCUUAUUUCUAAACAGUAAAAACCCGCGAGUAACCACGACAACGACGCUUUAUUUCAGUAUUCCCACGUGAGUGCAUAUUACCUACAUUAUUUAGGUUAUAAAUCUUAAAUCAAAAUAUAGGUUAAAAUUAAAGAACAAGUUUUUGUCUAUAUUCCAUAUAUGAAUGUACCGUAAAUCCUCUAUUAGGCCCCCCUCUCAAAUAAGCCCCCACCCUCUAAGAAGCCCCCCUUUUCAGGGGAAGAAAUUUAGUAAGCACAUUCAACUGUAAGGUCUGGUCAGGUGUUUUGGAUACGCUUUGUAGCGGGUCGUUCUCCCACCACGUCAAUUUUCUAGUUUCAUAUUUAUCCCCAGGAUUUCCCGCCGGGUGGUUUUUGUAAAGGAUAAGCACCCCCUGGAUUUCACACGUUAGGAGCUUCUUUGCUCCCUAUAAGUUCUCCUAGAGUAUAGCCUCUAACAGUGGUGUUUCUGGUCCCUCCUUGCUGAGGAGGCUCCGUAUUCGAGCGGUUAGAAGGUUGGAACUUGCAAGCCGGAGUCCCGUCCUGACCGCUAGCUGGUUUUUUUCACAGUGGUCAGUUCGUGUUCAAAUUCUCCACCACGCUUGUUAAUAGCCAACCGGUUUGCGUCCGGCCAGUUGGUUAUGUUUGAUUAAGAUUAUUUGUUUCACUCACUGAUUUGCUUGACCCCACUAGUCAGUUAAGCUAUGUGCAAUAAACACCGCCGGGGGUUACGUUUUUGUUAUCAUCAUCAUCAGCAGCAGCAGCAUCAUCACCAUCAUCACCACCACCACCACCACCACCACCACCAUUAUUGUUUUUAUUGUUGUUGUUGAUGUUGUCUUCCUUUCGAAAUAUUGGCUUCUAGGGAAUUUGCUGCCAAGAUUCCAAGGCCGUUUUCGGUCCGCUACAACCCCUACACACAGUCCGUGGAGGUACUGGACUCUAAGGACCAGAUCAUGAAAUUGGCCAGUGAUAUCAGAAGUGAUAUCUCCACCCUGCAUGACGCACUUGGCAAAUAUGAAUAGAGACAGUAAAUACGGCAUGGUGAAGUACCUAUUGAGAAGAUAAACGGACAUAUAUUUUUAUAUAGUAACAACGUAGAUCUCGUCGCAAUGAGGGGCAUUUAGUAAUGGGUUUCUUAUAUUCUCGGCUUGAGUAGUUCUCCUGCGAGUGUUAUAAUGUUCCACAUAGGAAAAAUUAUUCUAACUAAAAGAUAUUUUUUUACCAGCCUACUGUCUAUCUUGGAGAAAGGUUAAGAAAAGCUCUUCAAUAACAUCAGCAGUAAACACGUAUGACGUAUAUUAAUACCUUUGUCCAGGCAGCGUACGAAAAAAAUUCAUUGUACAUGAUAGGUACAUACGGUACGCAUAGCCAAGGUGUCCACAUAUUGCAAUGAUAGUAAUUUAAUCCAUUUCGUCUGUUGGUGUCGUAUAUGAUGUCCACAUACUUCAGUGAUGGAAAUCUUAUCUAUUUCGUGCCGUUAUUGACAGCGACUGCAGGACAGUAACUAGUAAAACAAUUAACGCCGCGUAGCAUUUUCGUUAAUUAAAAUGCUUCCAAAAGUUGUCUUUCAAAGUAGCAACUUUAAGACAAACGCACGUUUUGGAGCAUUUACUGCCUAGUGACCAGUUUUGUGUGAUGCAAAAUUUUUGUUCAAACUAACGUAUUUAAAAGUCUGAGAUGCAAAUGAGUUAUUUAGAGUAGAGCCAUUCAUGUGGUAUAUGUUGUGGUAAGGUUACAACAUAGAAUUAUUUAACUAGGCAAGCGUAACUAUUUAACACCACUUUGUAGUUUGUGAG